AUGCAUGUGCGUUCCACCAAUGUUCACACUUGUCCUAAUGACUUCAUAUCCUCGGGGACUAAUGGUCCAUGCUUUCAAAUCAAGCAGCAUGCCAAGACGGUCUGUGAAGCACAUCAGCAAUGCGCAUCUACUGGUCUCCCGGGCGAUCCGGUCACAUUCCUUGUUGGCAGACACCUUUCCCAAGCAGUUCAGCUUUUUAGCGCACCAAACAUUACACUGUGGACUAGCUUACACACAAUGGACGAGUAUAAUAGGCUUCCGGACGCAGCUUGGUCGGAUACCGACCCAAGAUAUUUCAAUUCAACGUUUCAUGCGCCUGAUGUUUCCCUCAGAGUGAAGCUACGUACUAGUGACCGUAUCCGUGGAAAGCGAUACUGGAUCGCGAAAGUUCACUUGGGUUCGAAGUUGCUAUAUGCUGAUACCUUCUUUGGUACAAACGGUCCAAAACCGGAGUUCACAGUUUGUGAAAUGGUUGACACCUUCCCGGUUGGCCGGAUUCUGGAUUUGAUGCUGUUUCACUCGUGUUCGACGACAUUUCCUGGUGGUGACCUACAAGAGGAUGUGGGAGUACCAUUGCCAUGUUAUGAGUUUUUCGAUGAAGAAAGUGAAGACUCAUCUUCGGAGCUUCUAACUCUAUCACCAGGUCAUGGGCUGAAGAAAAAGGUGGACGAACUGGAUAACGGGCAUAACAAUGUGGUAACCAUGUGUCAAACAAGGUGGGAGGAAGACUCACCGAUCGUGUGUGUCGGAUACAGUGUCUACGUGUAUGAUAUGGCCAAGCGAACGCGACUACCUCCUAAACAGGAUGAACUAGCUUCCAAAGUGUCUCGGAUAGACGUUGUCCAGCAGCUACGUCCGGCUACCAAGUCAGCACGAAUCUCGAUCUGGCGUGUGCUCCAGCUUGGAAAUCCCAUUGUUUUGACUCAACACACGGCGGUGGAACUUUACAGUCGUCUCUAA